CAUUAUUGAAAAAAUAUCGUUCGAUUCGGAGGUGCGAGUUAAAAAAAUUGAUUUUUCACCUUUUUAACGUAUUUUAUUUAAAGUAAGAUUAAUUAAUUUGAUAUAUAGUGGGCUUAAAGGGCAUAGAAAAACCAACCAGAGAUGAUCUGGUCAAUCCUAAAACGGGCCAGAGGGAAGCACUACUUAAGGAUAUUUUCAGUAAUAAUCCUGCUUCAGAUGUUCAUCCUUUUAAGCAGAUACAACAAAUCCAGUAGCAUAUCGGAACCUAUAAUAGAAAAGGUGAAAACGGCACCUCCUUCCCUAAACGCUUCCGUCGGCUUAUGGCAAAACGUCGGAGGCAAAUCGCAAUUUCGGUUCCUAGUUUACUCGGCCUUUCUGGACGUUAGGUCGAGUAAGCGGGUGGCGAUAAUCGCCGUUACAAGAACCGCGAGUAGAAAGAAACCGGCGCUAGAAGUAUGGUGCAAAUUUUGGUACUACUCCAAUGAUGGCGUUUAUGUGAAACUUUUGCCUGGAAACUUGAAGAUUAUAAAGGAACAUUGGAACUUGUACUAUAGUGCUUACUACCUGUUUUGUCCAUUAGAAUUGGACGAGUCAGUACCAGAUGUGGUUAGUGUCUUAACAUCUCCAAAUCAAGAACCAGAAAAUAUGUUAAAAAUUAUAAGAAACUACGUUGGAGACGCUCAGUGGGAUCCUUUCGAAUUAUCUUUGAUGGUUGACAAUAUGGCGGUCUGUGUAAAACCUUUACAUUACGAUUACAACAAGGUGAUGGAAAUCUUGGAAUUCAUUGAGCUCUACCGAAUAAUGGGAGUAAAUCAUUUUUUCUUGUACAACCAUACCGUGGGGCCCCAAGUGGACUGCAUUCUAAGACACUACGAACGAGAGGGGCUCGUGACAAUACUACCAUGGCAACUUCCGAUUGUAUCCCAAAAAGAAAUUAGAACCGAAGGAAUAUUCGCUUCGUUAAACGACUGCCUUUAUAGGACGAUGCACCGAUAUUCUCACACUAUAUUUGUCGAUUUUGAUGAAUUUAUUAUACCGAGAAACAGUUACAAUUAUUCCCAGUUGUUUCAGUCAUUAAGCAAGGAGCACGACCUAAAGCGUAUCAGUAGUUUCUCGUUUCGAAAUGCCUUUUUCUAUCGUCAGUGGCCGGACGAUGAGCGAGCGAAAACGGCCAAUGUAACGGAAAAACUGAUCGUUUUAAGAAAAACGCGAAGAAAAACUGAAUUGCACAAACACAGGACGCGUUCGAAGAUGAUCGUGCGACCCGAGUUAAUUCAGAUGGUCGGCAACCAUUUCAUUUGGGAAUACUAUGAUAAAAGCAAAUUUGAUAAUAUGAAUGUGAAAGAGAGCGAUGCCUUCAUGCACCAUUACAGGGUGUGCGAGUUCGGCGGUGACGACUGUGUGACCUCAACAUCCACCGUCGAUACGACCGCGUAUCGAUAUAAAAACCCGCUGAUUGACGCCGUAACGAGUCGAUAUGAAAAGUAUUUUGUUAAAUGUAAUCUGGCUGAUGUGGUUGAAUAAAUUAUUAAAAAAUAAAAAA